GCUGUAACAACUGUCUGGCUUACCAGGCUGUAGAUAAUUAUUUCUGAGGCCCCAUUUCUGUUUCUUAUAAAUGCUAAUGGGCAGAGCACUGAACACCCUUCAGCCCUGAACAAUUCCUGACUCCUGAACGGUUUUGUUGGGUUUUUCUGCUUGGAUUGAGUAAAGCCUGCUGACUUUAUUGUUCUAGAAAAGUUAAGCAAUUUUGGCCUAAUCAUGAAGGUCUGAAGAGGCCAUACACUGGCCCCUAGGGGCGUUAGUAGGAGAGCUUGAGGGUUCAUGGCUUUCUAGACAAGCGCCCUACAACUGAGAACUUCCAGAUGCCUGGGAAAUCGUUCCGAGAACUUUCAAAGCAGGAAAUAGCUGCAAGGAUCAUUCAGAGAGCCUGGAAAAAUUUCCUUAAUGACCUCAGAAGUAAUUUUCCAUGUUUGCUUACCUGGUUGGGUGACAGCCAAGAGAAUGUCGCUGUAUUCCAACACUUUAAAAGUCUCAUUGAUUUAAGAAAACAAGGGGAGCCACGUCAGAUAGUGAAGUUCAUUAACCCUAAAGAGGCAGAGCUCCUCGAUGCUGCUGCUGGUAUUCAAGUCCGAUUCAGGCUGGGUGGGGUUAAAUUUCCACCUGAGAUAUACUAUAAAAUUUUUACUCACAGACAUAUUGAAGAUCUGUGUGCUAACAGCCCUAGAGAUUACACAAAGCUUCCAGCAAGAUACACAUCUCAUAAUAAAGAUGAUCCACCUCAGGUUGAGGAUAACAGUGGCUGGUACCGCCGUAUAGAAAACAAUGGCUGGAGGCCUGUUUCCCAUAGAUUUUGGAUACCAACUGAAAAUGAAGUGUUGGAAAGCACAAAGGAAAGUGAAUUUCAUUUCUCUAAACUGAAGAGAAAGCAAGAUAUGGAAAAGAAAAGAAAAAUUAAAAAGAUAGAAUGGAUGAGGCAAAUGUACUACCUAGGAAACCUGGAGGCCAAGGCGACACAUCACGAAACUCUAGGCCUAAUUCACAGAGCAACAAAAGGACUAAUAAGGUGCAUUGAAGAUGGAGGGGUAGAUUCUGUGAUGGAAUGGGAAGUAGAUGAAGUGCUGAACUGGACAAAUACACUCAACUUUGAUGAGUACAUUGCUAACUGGAAAGAAACUGCUACAAGCAACUCUUCAGCUAAUUUAAAAGAUGUCAGGCUUGAACAAAUACAGAAAAGCCUAUAUGUCAACUAUGGAGAUGGGUCAGAGCCUCCAACGCAAGGACCAUAUGAGGAUGAUUACUAUGAAAAUACUUACAUAAGACGUCAGUUCACUCCCUUAACACCCACUUCCCCAUAUUGAAUGAAACUCUAAAGGACUUCUUUUUUUAAGCAAUGGCCCUUUCAAGCCAAUUUUUUCAGUUAAAGCCAAGAGACUGUGUAUUCUGACUACAAUGACUUGUGUGCAUAUUUAAUCCUAAUUAAGGAAAAUUACAGAAAUACUACACUGGAGAGUGUAUAGUUCUUCCUGGUAUGUAGUUGUCUGACAAACACACUUUAAAGUAUAUUUAAGUUUAAAGUAUAUUUAGGUAUUAAAGACUCCAAAUACAAUUUGCUUUUCAUACAGUUGCUCAGGGCAGAACUCAUUCACUGUACACUCCAUGUCCAAAUGGCCCUUGCUUAUUUUUUUUCCCUGAACUGCCCACUGAAGUAUUUCCUAAAUUAUGCACAGGUAACAAUUUACACAUUUCUGGGGGAACAUUGUAUUUCACAACAUGUGAAACAUCCAAAUCAGGGUAACUAUGUUUCCCAUCUCCUUUAGUUUGGUGCCUUUGGAUUGAAGGGUGCUGAAGUGAAUGUAGGAGUACAUGGAUUUCUCUUGUACACUGGUUUUCUUUAGAAGUAACAUUGCUGGUUCCCAUAGUUUUGCUUUGAAUUUUUUGGAGUGACCUCAACUCCUCUCCAUAAUGGCUAUCCUAAUUUACUUUCCCUCCAUCAAUAUAUAAGGGGUUUCUUUCUCCAUAUUAUUGACACUAAUCUUUGGUUUUUGACAUUUUGUGGUUUUGACAACUCAACAUUUGUAAAAGCUUCUUACAUAUUAUUAUUAUUAUUUUGAGACAGGAUUUCUGUCUCCAGGCUGGUCUCAAACUCAGAGGUCCACCUGCCUCUGGCUGCCUAGUGCUGGGAUUAAAGUUGUCUCCACUACAGCCUGGCUCUUACGUAUUCUUGAUAUUAAUGAUUUACAGAUGAAUAGUUGGCAAGUAUUUUUAUCCAAAAUCUGUAAGCUAUCUCUUUAUUCUUACAAUUUUGUUUCUCCACAUGAACACUUUAGUUGGUGUGUUGUCCCAUCUGUCAAUUUUUAUGUUUUCUGUGCAUUAAAGAUGCUAUCAAGAAAAUCAUUACUUACAUUACCAUUUUCUGUUUCCCAUUUCCUGUAAUAGUUCUGUAUCUUACAUUUAGGUAUUGACACAUUUCUGAGUUGACUUUGGUGGAGGGUGUGACAGAGAGUCAAAUUUCAAUCUUCUGCACUAAAAUACAGUUUCCUAGCAUCAAUGGAAAUCAGGAGACUGUCCUUAGGUCAAUGUAUGUUUUUGAAACAUCUGUGUAGAAUCAUCCUGGUGAGGUAUGUGUCUUUUCUGUGAGGUAUGUGUCUUUUCUGGGGUCGUCAAAUUUUCCUUAUCGGCACCCAGUGUCCUGCAAUCCUUCCAAGUAUGUAGGUCUAUAUGAAUUUUUUUUUUUUUACUUUCUAGUUCUCUAUAGAAUGUUCCUGGUAUUUUCAAAAAAAUUUUUUUUCAGGUUUUUUGAGACAGGGUUUCUCCUGGCUAUCCUGGAAUUCACUCUGUAGACCGGGCUGGCCUCUAACUCAGAGAUCAGCCUGCCUCUAACUUCUGAGUGCUGGGAUUAAAGACAUGUGGCACCACCUCCUGGCUUCUAUUGAUUUCUUUAUCUGAUAUGGACAUUUAAUAUUAGUUCUUCCAACCAUAAACAUGGGAAGUCUUUACAUCUUGGGACUUCUCCAAUGACUUUCAUCAGUAUUUUAUAACUUACAUAGUAUACAAUGGUCUAUCAUCAGAGUCUCAGUUGAAUUUAUUCCAAAAUUUUUAUUUUAUAAUUACUGUGAACAGAUUUGCUUUCAGUUUCCUUUACAACAGGUUUGUUAAUAGCAGGAUGGAACUAGGCCUGCACGUAGUGAUUUUUGGCUUGACUUAUCUGGACCUAAGAAAGAAAAUGACACCCCUGAUCCCACUGCAAACUAGUGGAACUCAAAACGAGAAGCCUAAGAACAAAGCAAGGCAUUCCUAUGCUCUCUAUCCUCAGCAAAGUAAACUAUACUUAACAUAAAGGGGCAAACAUGUCCAAAUACAGUUAAUUGUGACUUGAAUACCUUUCACCAAUAGAUCAUCCUCUUCUGAAAAAAGAAAUGUGGUUUACAUAUACAGCUGAGUACUAUUUAAGUCAUAAAAAAAUAAAAUCAUGUUACCUAUCAUCUGUGGCAAAAUGGAUCUGGAUAGCAUCAUGUUAAGCAAAAUAAAAGCCAGGCAUAGCAAAA